UCGCGUAUCAUGCGCGUAGGGGUGAAGCGAGCGUGCCCCGUUCGUUCGCGGGUCCGCGUGUUUCGUGUUGUCUAUCGUGGUCGAUAUCUGAGUCGUGGUCAUUUCGAGCACGGGAUCGAUAACGGCGGGUUCGCGUGAGCGGUACACGGCGUGUGGUGUAAAAUAGAAAUUAUGAAUGGCAAAAAUAGGCGCGGUAGCGACGUAGCCGCUCCGCUGGGAGGUCCCGGUCGAGGACGUUGCAAACGUCAGAGAUCGGAAGAGCGUCAGUAAGUCCUCUCUCUCGUUCUCGCCGAAAGUCGCACGCGGAGUUGCACUCCCGUCGUCGGUCGGAUUUUCGUUGAUGGGGGAGAGUACCCUCGGGGAAAGCAUGAGAUGCGAAGGAACAGCCUCAGGAGAAGCGCGAUCGGUCCGCUGACGCAAAAAAUAAACGCCCCCCAGCAUCUGCUGCGGCUCAAGGACGAGGAAGAUGACGAUGAGCGCGACGACGAACGGGACGACGAUCGCUUUCGGCUGCCCAGCCUGCCGCGGCAGAGAUCGUGGAAGAAUGACGACGACGACAACGACGAUGACGAUGAUAUCCCGUUCAACAGCGCGGCAACGUCCGUCUCCUGGUCGCAGGAGGUGGCGAAUGGGACAACUCACAAGCUGGAGGAGCAAUGGGCGACUGUCGAGAGGACCUUCUACGAGGAAGAUGAUCAGCUGUCUCUUGGACCUGUCCUAGACGAGUGUGCACAGUGGCGAACGCAGAUACCGUACCUGAGGAUAGUUGGCAGGAAUCCGGUUGCUUGCAACGUGGACGACGCGCGGCUCGACGUUCGUGCCUUGAGCGCCAAGAAAACAAGAGAGCUUGAUGAUUCGCAGAAUGACAAAGUAUUCGCGGAACGCAGUCUCUUAAUGAAGGAAGGAGAGGAUUCUGUGCAAUACAAAUUGAACAAGGCAAAAUUCCAGGAUGUCCUCGAUAUGAUGAUGGAAUACAUAAUCUCAGAGCUUUUUCCUGACGAGAAGAGCGAUACAGAUUCCCUGUGUGACGAUCUAAGCGACGCCUUGAGAAUAACUCCUGCUCCUGUUCACAGCAACAGAAACUCUUUGUCGAGAAACUCAAAGACGAAUUGGACAGAGGAGGCGAUCUCGCCUAAUUAUAUCGAGAACAAGUCUAUAAGUAUAAGGAAUCGAUUGCUGGAUACAGAAAGUUCCCUUCAGACAAUAAAGAACGACACGAGUCAUCAUCAAGGAGCCCAGAAGAGAUCGAGAAAUUCAAUCUCCGCGAAUAAAUUAAGGGACUUUGAUGACGCGGAACAUGACGACGCUUUAAAGUCCAAUGACUGUACGCCACAUAUAGGCAGAAAUAAGCUUGGAACUAUCUUUAAUGAGAGGAUCAUUGUAAGCCCCGUGCCUUUUAGAAUGUCUACGCGAGAAAGCUUCUCCACUUUAAGAACUGUCCCGAUUAAAUUUAUGAAUGAGAAUUUGGAAAUCUCUUGCCAAAGAUCAGCUCGAAACAUUGGCUUCCAAGGUUCCGCUAGACAAUCGGGUGCCUUGAGGAAUCUAAAUAUUCGUUCUGCCUGGCAACCUCCCGUCUCUUCUACCGUUUGGCCAAAAAAUGUACGACUCGCUCCUCUAGACACUUCGAGACUUCCCAGUAGUAAAAAUCGUUUGUUGGCACCAUCGCCUACCGCUUUACAUUGCAGCCGAAGACCACUGAGUCCAAUUUCUCGCUCCACGAUACCGAAAUCCGCUCACGUGAAUCAGUAUUGUGGCAGCGAUUUUUUAACGGUUCAAGGGAAGCAUAUCGGCCCCGUGCAUUCGAGGCUCAACUUGCUCUCGGCUGACUGCAAUCCCAGGAUGGCCAAGAGCAAGAAGAAGAAAAAUACUCGAGGCGCGAAGGAGAGAACUUUGAGAGAAAGCUUAAUGCGAGCAAAAUCGGAAGCGCUUUGAAUGAACACUUGCAUGCGAAAAAUAUAUAUUUUUUUAAAUCAUGCCGGACACACCUGUGUAUCCCGCAUGUAAUUGUAAGAAAGUACAAAAUGUCGCUACGGCGCGAUUUCGAGUUUGCAGCGGGAUAACGCUUGGAGCACGGUGAAAAACGCUUUAAGAAUUAUAUGCAUAUUUAUCGCGUCACGUGAAGCAUUCGCGAAAGACGAUCGUCGCGUGUUACGCACAUAUGCGGGACGUUUCAUUUUAAAUACCGUUGCAAUUCCCUAGGCAAUACUGUUUCUACCUCACCAUGUGUCCGUGUUGUUCGUCCGUGUUGUUCGUCCGUGUUGUUUUACACGCUUCAUCGCGAAUAAAUAUAUUUUUGUAUGCCGCACAAUUAUUACAAAUUUAUUCGAUGUGAAUAAAUAUGUAUAGUAACGUUGUUGAAUAACA